GAUGGCGGACUCAUCCCGUGAACGGGACUCGUUAUUCAAGAAGUGUGUCGGAAAAUUGAGUGAAAAGUAUCACAGAUCGUUUCUUUUAGACCUUGCAAGCAUCUAUCUUGGUCUUAAACCCUCGCUUCUCUUCGAUUACACAGUCGUUGAUGCAACGAACGCAAGCAUUUUGAUUGAUGCUCUGGUUUUAGAGAGGGUUGUUCCAUACGCUUUGGACGUUCUCAGAGUUGGCGACGACAUAUUCUUCGCUGACUUUAAAUAUUUGGUGAGGCAUUUAAAGACAUCUUUGGAACUUGAAGAGCUUAUUUUUAUCGACGUUUCAGGGGCAUUGUCAGAGCCUCGUUUGUUGCAAUCAGAUGCCUCGAAAAGCAUUUACAAACAGUUAUCCAAGAUUGUGGACAUUUUGGAUCAGAAAAUAGGAAAUCAGCGUUCGAACGAAACGCGAAGUGGCAGUGUUAUUCGAAAAUCAGAGGUUAUAGAUUUAAAUAUUUGUAAGAGUGACGCUAGUAUGUGGUGCAUUCCUUGUAUUUUCGGCUUUCUUCUUCGUUAUCCUGUAAUUUACUGGUGCAACGAUCAAGGUACGUGUACCGAUUGUAAUUGUCUCAGCAUGGUUCCACUCAAUCGUUACACUGUGACUGUAAAAGAAUCGUUCCUGAUCCAUUCUUGGCUGAUGAAACACAAUAGUGGAUUUAUUCAGGUUUUAAGAAGAGGAACAAAGAGCUGCAGUGAACACGUUGUGUUUUCAUUCUCUGCCCCAGUAGCCCUCCAAUCUUGCUAUGAAUCUGAUGUUGAGAAGUGGAUGAAGAAAAUAUAUGAUAGUGGUGGGGAACUUGAAACUGGUGAACAUUUAAAAGUUCAGAAAACGGUACUUUCAUUGCCUCAUCUUGCUUUAUGAUAUCCAAUAUUCAAUGAUUUAACAGGAAUUCUUCAUGCCAUAAUUAUAUGCUCACAACAUCCAAAUUUGGUAGUCUCCUUUGCAGCGCUUCCUAGACUUGUCACACAAUGCUCCUCGUCAUAAACGUGGAGAGAAAUGCCACACGACAAAAUCUUAACAGAGCUGCAAAGGAGACUACAAAAUUAGGCCAAGUUUAAAAGUAAAGCUUAUGUUUACACAUGUAAGAGACUGUGCUAUCUUGGUUUCUAAGUGAAGAUUGUUUCGUCUCUCAUUGAUUCACACUGACUUUGCAAGCAGACUCCAUUUUUUUCCUUUUCGGAUGCCUGUUGGUGUACUGCAGUUUAGCUAAUUUUGUACAGGGUGGGAUAACAAAAACAACAUUCUCAUUCAUAGAAUAAGAAAGAUGGUAACUUUUUACAAACAUGACACUAUUGAGGUUGUCGAUUCUAGCAGUAUGCAGGAUGCAUGUCAUAUAUGAACUUCAUUAAGGUAUCUCACUCACCAUAGAUUCUCUGUGGCUCAGUGGUAGAGCAUCGGAGCGCAAAAUCCAAAGGUCUGAGGUUUUAACCGCC